AUGCAGCUCACUGCCACCUCCCUAUUUCUCGCCAGCCUCCUUGCCGGCAACGCCGCCGCGGUGCCCUUGACAACACGUCAGGCAUCAUCCGUUGAGGGCCAAGAAUGCACCGACGGCCAAUUCAAAGGUUUCUGCCGCGCCGAUGGUCGCUGUGGAUUGCAGAUUCCUCCCAACGAGACAUCGUUCCAGCUUGUUUCUGGACAGUGCGGUGUAGCUGCUAGCACCGGAGGAGCCUUUGACAACUUUUUUGGUCGCAAUAGCAAUAGCGUUGACGACGACGCUGCUACCGACGAUGGUACAGACGAUGGAACAGACGACGCUACUGACGACGACCUCUCUGAUGACGACAGCGUGGCGGGCGACAGCGACGAUGGCCUCGACAGCGAUACCGACGACGAAGACGACGGUAACCAGGCCUCAGUCGAAGGCCAAGCAUGCACUGACGGUACUUUCAAGGGUACUUGCCGAGCCGACGGCCGUUGUGGAUUAGAUAUUCCCCCUAACGAGCUGUCCCUCCAGAUCAUUUCCGGACAAUGCGGCCAGUAA